AUGGAGUACCUCCGCCUCUUCCGCCAGCGCACGGCGGAGUUCCGCGCGCUCGGGGGGGAAGCGCUGGUGGGGGGAAAACGGGCGGAGAGUGGCGGAGAGGGGGGAAGAGAAGCAGCGCCGCUGAAUCCGCUGCUCGUGCCCUACAUUGACUUGAACAUCGCUCCUCUCCGCAGAAUAUACGCCUGGGCCGUACCCACAGAGGCUGCACUGGCAGCUUUUGUGUCGACUCAAAAGUCACCUCUUUUCUGCCGUCUCUCCGCUUCUCUGCCCCUGCGCCCCUCCGUUUCUGCAGGGCCGUACCCACAGAGGCUGCACUGGCAGCUGUGA